UAAAUUUAACUGACUACCAGAGGAGGCUGAUGUGGGCAGUGGACGAAUCAAGCAACACUGACUUGAUCUGGAAAUACGGAAGAGUGGCACUUCCGAGUGUUACAAAAUACAAGGUAAUGAAAAACAAGUCACCACAUAAACUCUUUAAUUUUUAUGUUUUGUUUUCCCAAUAAACGUCUUAGAGGAAUUUGGUACAUAAGACACUGAAAAUAAGACAAAACUUGAAAGAAACAGUUCUGUGUAGUAUUAUCACAUGAAAUUUUUAUAAUAAUGACGGUAUCCAAAUCUUGCUGUUUUAACAAAGACCAAUUAACUGUAAUAACGAAACAGCAAAGAACAAAGCGACUUGAGUAUUCGGUGGUAUAUUUGAUUGGAAACGAGGCUGCUAGGGCAAAAGUGAACUUAAAAAAAUGGCUUUUACGCUAUUCAAAGACGAAAUAGCUGAACUUCUGAUUUAAACUGAAUUCAAGACAUGCAAUAAUACGCAAAACAUAUUGCUCGAUGAAUUUUAUCUACAUUUUGAGGAGAAUCUGCAAGAAAAAACAUCUGUUUACAUCCUGUGCCGAGAAAUUGGCUAAAGUUUUGAAGAAAGUCUACGAGGAAGUAAGCAUGUAAAGAACUUAGAAAUAUUUUGAAUGAAUAUUAAAACAAUUAUUGAAUUUGGCUUUCCUAUGAUGUGAAGAAUGAUGUAGGUCUUGGAGGAUGUUAUCCACUUCAGCUUCGGUGGAUAACUUCCUUCUUGAUCUGCUAUUCUUCACAUCCUACUCAGCCUCAUUCAAUAAUUGCUAAAUAUUUCUGCAGGUAUCUAUGGAAGCAGAUUUUGGCAGCGAACCUGGUUAUAUUGGUGUCAGAGGUUUUCACGUGGUUCCAGGAUACUGUCAUCCAUUGCCCCUUACGGCAACUGAAGGUGCACUGUUAUUUAGCUUAGGCCACGUCCUCGCGGAUCCAAAUAUCUUUUAAACAACCACAUUUUUUUACACUUACUGGCCUUCUGUCCACACGAAACCACUGAAUCCACCAAUGGAAACCAUUCUCUAGAGAGUGGUCUUGGGCUCCGUCCAAACAAAUACCUAUAACAAAAUAAGUGAUUUUUUUAAAAAAAAUAUCAAGAUUCGCGUAGAAGACAGGCCAUGGGGAGUUACUUCCAAGGCUAAUAGGGUUUUUCUGGGGGAAGGAGUCGCACUUUCGCUACUGAAUUGACUAUAAUGGGGUUGUAUUUUCAAUAGAGAUUUUUGCUUUAAGACGUUUCGAUACAGUUUUCCAGAGGUCGUACCAAUAUUUUUCAAUCGCCUUAAGAGUGUUUUUUUCCUUGUCCGAUCGCUAUAAAACUUUCACCAGUAAUUGGCUAUGGAUUGAAAUUUGUGGAAAUGUAGUUUUAAGUAAAAUCUAUAUUACUAUGACAACAAUAAACAAAAAACUUUGAAACUGAUAAAAGCCAAAUUUUGUGGGACCUAGCCCAGCUACUGAAAAUCCGACACUAGGAACUUAAAGUUUGGUGUUUAGCAAACAACUACCGUAAGAAGUAAAAAAUUCUGUGUGUUUGGACUCGACUAAAACGAAAGUAUAUUUCAAACCUUAAAUUUUCAAUAGCCGUGAUAGAUUACUUCAUAAAAACGUUAUAAAUGACUCAAAUUAAUCUUAAAGAGCGUCAGAAUGCUGCUUAAUAUCAUAUCUCGAUGCUAGGAAAUUUUAAUGUAUUUUCGUUCUCGUUCUCUCGCGAUCUAACCGUUUUCUCACCACCUGUCAAAGUGCAACCUCAUUCAAAAUUUGGACUUGUAGCGCUUUUUGAAAAAUCUUUGAAACGACUUCGAAGAAUUUUUUUCAAAUCUCUUCGCAUCAAUCUUCAUAAUGUAUAUAAGAAUAUCUGAAACUUUCAUUGAGAUUGAUUCACUGCAAUUUCUUAAAAUUUCAAGACAAACCUAUCCUACGAACCUGUAAAAAACUGCGUUACAACAUUCCCUGUUUUGACGUUACGCUAAUUUUUCCAAAUUAAUGCACACUAUACAUACCUCCAUGACUAGUACAUUUUAGUUUGAAUUUAUCGCAUCUUUUGAAUGUAAAACAUUGACAAUACUCACACUGAAAUGCACUAGUCAUGGAGAUAUGUAUGGUCAGAAUUGAAUGAAUUAACUAUCUUUUUCAGAAUGCGACAGAAGCUUUACCACAUUGUCAGGCAUGAUUUUAUCCCCACACCAUCCUGGGUAUUAUCCACCGCUGACGCGUUGCCGGUGGACCAUCAAUGUUCCUCGCGGAAACACCAUAAAACUGCGAUUCCUAGAAUUCCAAUUAGAAGACCAUCCUUCCUGCUUUAACGACUUCCUAGAGAUAUAUAGUGAGCUUAAGUCCAAAACGUUUAUGGGAAAAUAUUGCGGAGAAAGAUUUCCAGCCUUCAUUGAAUCAUUUUCAAAUGCUAUGGAGAUUACUUUCGUGAGCAAUGACAAAAUUAAUGGAUUAGGUUUCAAACUACACUAUGCAGGUAAGGAAUUACAUUUAGGUGACUGCAAAGUGUGAUUCAUCAUCCCUUCAGCCACUAGGGUGAGAACUAGUGCUAACCGCGUGAAGAUCUUUUCAGUGCUCUUAUCUGCUACUAAUCAGCGGUCGGCGUUUGCAUCUGGCUGUCAAGUCACUUUAAAGAAAACAUGCACGGUUUCCGAUAUAACGCAGUGUGAACAUGUUUUAAAGAAGACGAUGGAUCCUAUCAAAAUGGCAAAACGUUUGAUGGCAUUCCCAGAAUUAAUCCACAAUAUAUAUUACAUCCAAGAUGGCCGACAUACGAGAGGCGUCAUUUUGAAUGUCGUAAUAUUUCUCCGGAAUAGCCCACGUUCGAUAUAUUAGAAUUCUGACAUGACUCCGAGGCUUUAGGAACAAAAUUGCAAAUGUUUCUUGACUCCAUGGUUUCGCAAUCCCCAGAAGAGACUUUAGUACCAAACCAAAUAUAGUAAUAUGACAAGAAAGCCUCGAAGUCAUGUUAGAAUUUUAAUAUAUCGUACCUGGGCUAUUGCUAACCCUAAAAUAUUCAAAUAAUGGGCUAUCUGUUGCCUUAUUAUACUGCAGCACCACAAGGCCUGAAGUGUUACCUGUUCUAGUAACACUAGUAUUUAUUAUAAGAGUCAUUAAAAAAAAUAAUACACUGUAUUUAGAACAUAUGCAUGUGUCUCUCUUAUAUAGCUGAUGUUGAUGAAGAAGCGUGUCUCCAAUACGAAGGUAAGUAGCAAAAUUUCCCUUCUUCCUUAACCCGCUUCCCUUCCUCAAAGUAUAUGCAUGUUAGGACUUAAAGUUCUCUCUGAGAAAACAAACAAACAAACAAACAAACAAACAAACAUGCAAUAUCGAAAAAAAACAACAAAACAAACAGAAAGUGGGUACUAUACACUGCCGACCACAACAAACUGCAUCGGGGGUGAACAAAUGUUAUAACGGCCUCUUUGAAAGAAAAUGAAACAACAACAACAACAAAUUACAACGUUAGUACAAUGAUAAUGUAAUUAAUGAAUUACUUUUCACUUUUUUUUACUAUUUAAGGUUGUCCGUCAAAUUGCGAGUGUAAUCCAAUUUCACGAAAAAGUCUUGAGCUGGUGAUAACAGUGAAGAAGGGAAGGAAACUGACUGCUUUCCCAGGAAACAUUCCUUCUAAGGCAGCCGUAAUGUGAGCUGAUUACCUGAAAAUUAUAACGCUUGUUAAGUCUCACACUAAACUUCGUUAAUAAUUUAUAAAGAGAAAACUAAGGAAAUCACAGUUCUGAACGAGGUGGAUAUCGGAUACUAAUUAUCAUAAGAUUUUGCAAAAUUUGGCUGUGAAUUUCCAUGCAUUACUCCUGGCCCAAGUUGUUCGAAAGGUGGAUAACGCUAUUUACUGGAUAAAUCUCUAUCCAGUACAGUCAAUAGCGCAAUUGGUUUCCCUAAUACUUAUCCGCUAGAUAGUCAUUUAUCCGAUGAAUAGCGCUAUUCACACUUCAACAGGAGAUUAAGUAGCUCGCUUAUACACACCACUUAUCCCUGGUGUAAAGUUGAAAUGAUUUUUCAGCCCCGCUCGCCAUAGAGUCUCUUGUAGCUCAGUGGUUAGAGUAUCCGAACUAUAACUCGCAGUGUUGUGAGUUCAGCGAUUCUCACCUGGAAGUAGCAAUUUUUCUGACCUUCAUGGUGUUAGAUUUCUCCUUCUUCCAAAUUAUAUUACAUUUCAUAUUAAGAUAGUCUUUCCGCACUUUUCCCAGAACAUGCUUGGCUCAAUUUUAUCUUUGAAAUGAAAAUAAAAAACGAAUAAUAAUAAUAAUAAUAAUAAUAAUAAUAAUAAUUAAUAAUAAUAAUAAUAAAUGACGAAUCUUUAUAGUUAUUAUAAUAAUAAUAAUAAAUAAAUAUAUAUAUAUAUAUUCCACGAGGGCGCGUUGGAUAUGAGAUGAUAGAUAGCCAACGAGGCGCAUAGCGCCGAGUUGGCUAUAAUCAUUUCAUAUCCAACAAGCCCGAGUGGAAUAAUUGUUUUAUUAAAAACGCCCACAAAAUCUCGUUGAAUUGCCCCGACUAGAAGAAACCGGAAAAGACAAGGGACUUCCGCUAUUGACAUGUCACACGUCUAUCAAAACUGUCAACGCGCGAACGGACUCGCCUAGACUGCAUGAAUGAAAAAUCAAAACAUUGUAGCGAUGAACAUUAGUUUUUGAAAAACUCAUCGUGAUUCUAGGAUUUUACACAGCAGAACAGCUUUAAAAACCUGGCAGAUAAUGUGAAGGAAAGGAGUUUUUAAGUGACAGCCGUCGAAAUUACUAUGAAUUUGGAUUUUCGGUGCAGUUAUAAAAGUAAGAACAAAGGAGAAAAACUACCGGUAUUACCUCGGUCGCUUGUUAUGAAGUUGUUUGAAGCCACAAGCUGGUUUUGCUGAACGAGAAAAGAAGCUAUACUGCCGCCUCGAUUGCUCUAGUGAAUGGCUGCAUAGCCUGUAUUUGUAGCUGGUUACUUGUGAUUUAUAUUCUUGAUGUCGGAUAAACAAGCUGCAGUUAUCUAUUGGCGAGUGACUUGAUUGCGAAUGGCUUCGCGAUCAUGAAGAAACAACACUUGUCUUCUUUCGUAGCUGGUCAAGGUACUUUAGUUCCAUGUGUUUUCAUGUGUUUUUCGACAAACUUUCAGACAAGCUCUUGUGGCUUUUUUGUUUGUUUUUGUCUUUUUUCUUGCGCUGAAAUUGCAUUUCUAGUAUUCUAAGAAAUGAAUUAAAACGAUUCUCUUCGGGCGCCGCUCUAUCCUUCGCGAAAAAAAAUCUCAGCUAGCUUCCAAUUUUAAACUUACGCGUACACCGACCAUAUAUGGAGAACAUGGUAUAUUAGCUCAUAUACCAUAACGGCUAAGCCAAUCAAAAUGCUAGAAUUGCAUUAUCCAAUGAUUCAGUUUUUAAUAAAUAUAUAUAUAUUGCGAAUGCUGAUUUUGAAUAAAAAGCGAAAUAUUGUAUGUUACGUUUUUGUCCCGACAGACUGUUUCAGAGGAAUAAAAUUUCUCGUCUACCUAAGAAAAAGCUCUCCGAUAUGUCAAGUCUAAAGUAUUUGUAAGUUUCAUUCACACUGUCUUACUCCUAAAAGUUAACAGUAAGUUUAAUUUUACAGUUUAUCAGUAUGGUAAAAAAAAAAAAAAUGUCAUAAAAUCUUUACAGGGACCUGAGUGGAAACCACAUCUUCAAAAUUGAAAGAAGUGCAUUUGGCAAUGGUUCUGUACUACAAACGUUGUAAGUAACAAACUGAAAGCAGACAAUUUUUUAAAAAACUUCGCUUUAAAAAUGUCAUUACUAAAUUUACAUAAAUGUUCCAAGCCUUAACUGGUUUUAAACUUAAAAAAAAUAGUUAAUCAACAGCUUUUACAAAUGUUCGAGCCACGAAAAUAAAUAAAUUGUUCUUAAGUGUUCUAGAAGUUCAAUUACUUUGAAAUGGUAUCGCCAUUCUUGGCAGGUCUCAAAGCAUUAAUUAAAAUUUACAUUUUAGGAAACUUGACUCGAAUUUCAUACGGGCCUUACCUAUCGGCAUGUUGGACAAUAUGUACCAUCUUCAGACCUUGUGAGUUCUUUUAUAUAUAUUUUAUCUGUUAUUUAAAAUUUCUUUUACAAGAUUUGAUCAUAAAAUUCAAAUUUUCGAAAACUAUCUGGUUUUUCCUACUUUUUUUAAGGGACUGCAGCGCUAAUUUGAUUGACACCAUUUCGACGAACACAUUUAGUGCAUCUUUGGCGUCCUUGACUACUUUGUAAGUAAGCGAAAGUAGCCUUCGAAAAACUGGUCAUUACACUCUUCGCUUAAAACCGACAUUUUAUCUGAUUACUGCCUCAUAUUUUUUUUUCCAAGGAGCCUCAGACAGAAUCGCAUAAGCAGGAUUGAAAAGGACGCAUUUAACUCCACGAGGAACUUACAGAAUCUGUGAGUGACAUAUUAUUGCAUUUGUUUUGCCAGAUUUCAAGUGUAUAUUUUUAAACCAUUUUACUUUUAUUUCAAUCCAAUGUAGAUACCUUCAGGAAAAUGAGUUGAAAGAGUUACCAGACUACGUAUUCCUUGGCUUAUCUAGGCUUAAGAUAUUGUAAGUUCAAAAACGCGGUUACCUCGUCCCUUACCGAAAAAUUGUGCAAUCAAUCUAUUACCUUCCGUGAUCUUUACUCUGAUGGGUGAACAAAAUUUAUCUCAAUAGUUUAUCAUAUCAUUCAAGGAAUAACCCUGGCUAUUAACAAUGUGCUUCUGUUGGUCUUUUGCCUCAGUACAAAUUCCCUAAAAAGCUACGCUUUCAAGAUCCACAUGAUCAUGUCUGCACCAAGGUUCAUGUUCAACUGGAAGUAAUAUGAAAUGACGUCAGUUAAUUUAUGUGGGAUAAUAAAAUUUGGGAUUACACAAUGAAUUCAAAGAAUCUAUCUUCGUAUCCCCUUUUGACAGGAGAAGCGCCAAAACUAGGCCGAGAAAAAGUCAGUCAAUUUACUAGGCAAACAAAUAUCAGUUUUUUCCCCAAUGUUUAAAACUCAAAGUUUUGACCACAAAAACUGCAAAUUUACCAGGGCAAGUAUUAAUUACGACAUGAAGUCAGUGCAAAUGUGGCUUAAGAUGAAAAAUGAAAGUGAUAAGAAGUAUUUGCUUUGUUUUUAUCUCAGAUACCUAAACGAUAACCAGAUCUUGCGGUUAUCUUCAAAGACAUUUGCAGGGCUAUCAUCCCUGGAGAAACUGUAAGUGAAAAGGGAUGAAGAACAGGGUAGAGUUACCAGAAAAUCUUGAAGUUUCUCGCACACCGCGAGAAAUCUGUUUGAACGAUAAGGGCAACUCCCUUAUAGGGAUAUUUUAAAAUACUGUCACUAUUAUAUAUUAAAGGCUAUAAGCAGGUGUUAAUUAAGCUAGCGGUUGAAAAGUUAUCAAAUGUUUCUUUAUUGGUUUUUAGGGAUCUCAGUAAUAACUCCUUGAGUAUAAAAAACUUCCGAAAAGACGUUUUCAAUGGACUUAAAAGCCUGAAAGAAAUGUGAGUCUCACAACCGCGAGUAAGAGUUUUUCUUUUUAGUUUUGCAUGGAAAAUAAUAGGAGUAGCGCUAUAUUAUGUCUCUCUAGUACCCAACUUUCCACGAACACGUUUGAUCUGAGUUUGAGAUUAAGUGCUAUAGCGAAUCUCCGCUGGUAAUGGAGUAGUUUUCUUUACUUACAUACUAUUCACUGAAUAUUAGUCGAGUCAAAAUAAUCAUAUCAUAUCUAAUAACUACACUACUUUUAUACUCGCUUACAGUCACAAAGUUGAUUUUGUAAAUAAAUAUAUUUUUCUUCUUUUCAGACAUUUGGACGAGUAUAUUCUUUGCUGCUAUGCCAAAAAAGCAGUGACUGGUGUUCGCUGUAUCUCACCCAAAGCCGAAUUUUCUAGCUGUUCUGACUUAAUGAAAAAUAAAGGUGUUCAGAUUUGUGUUUGGAUAUUGGGGAUUAAUGCUCUUGUUGGAAAUCUUCUCGUUAUUUUAAUGCGAGUUUUUGUGAAAGAAAACAACAAAGUGCAUUCAUUUCUUCUGACAAACCUAGCUAUUUCAGAUCUACUAAUGGGCGUCUAUUUGCUUAUCAUUGCUAUCAAAGGUGUACAAUGGCAAGGUGAAUACUUCGAACACGAUGUCGAUUGGAGAUCGGGGCUGACAUGUGCAUUUACGGGGGUCCUUUCGAUGGCGUCAAGUGAGGUAUCUGUGUUGAUGCUGACCCUUAUCACAACCGAUAGACUUAUUUGUGUUAUUUCCCCGUUCAAAAAGCGACGUAUAAACCGCAAAUGUGCUUAUGUUGUUGUGGGUGGUAUAUGGAUUUUUGGAAUAAUGAUAUCAAUCAUUCCAACGUUAGGGUUUGAUUACUUCUUUGACAAAAAGCGCGAAGUUGGAUUUUAUGGAAAAUCAGCUGUUUGCCUUCCCCUUCAACUUUCAACAGAGAGACAGGCUGGCUGGGAAUAUGCUGUUGGUAUUUUCAUCAUUUUAAACUUUGUCUCUUUUAUAUAUAUUCUCACUGCGUAUGCAGCUAUGCUCUUUAGCGUCAAGGGUGCUGCAAAACAGGCCAGGUCAACAAACAUGAAGCGAGAAUCGAAAAUGGCUUGGAGAAUGAUGUUCAUUGUUUUAACUGAUUUCUUGUGUUGGAUGCCUGUUAUUGUCAUUGGCCUUUUAUCCUUGCUUGGCAAGUUUCGUGAUCCUGAGAAACAAGCCUAUGUGUGGAUUGCGGUGUUUGUUCUCCCACUGAAUUCUGCUCUAAAUCCAAUAUUGUAUACAUUUUCUACUCCAGUUUUCAAAAGAAAAUUAGGUGACCAUACUGAUACACUUACCUCUGUCUUGGAACGAACAGUGCUGCGGCCGAAGAGAAACCUAGGUGUGUUAUCAGGGAGCUUAUUAAGCAAAGGUGUUUUUGAGCGACGCACGUCAACCGGAAGUGGACUUUUUUGUAUUCUUGGGUAGUGCAGUGGUUUUGCCUAAAUCCUCGGACAAAUUGUCUCAAAAAGACAAAACACAUCUCGCAAUAUAAAUAUGUUAACGUCAAAGCAUAAUGAAAAGGAAAAUACUUCACUUACGAUUACGUGCGUCCUUUAAAAACGCCUUUCCUUAAGCGCUGUACAUAUCACCAUACUUGUCGUAAUCGCCCCUAUUCACCCGCUCCCUGGAUUUUCCAGUAACAUAUUCACUGGUAUGAAAUUAAUAACCGAGGGUUACUUCUCCCAAAAAAAAUGAUUAAAAAAAUAUGCUCCACACGGGGAAGCUUGUUAGAGAGAUAAUGAGUAUGAGAGAAUAGCUGAAAGAGAAAAUCAGCAAGAAUGGCGCAAGUUUUCAGUUGCCCAAAAUAGAACGUUAUACGUUAUAGCCAUUCCUUUAACACAUUCAUUUGAACGAAAUGUCAUGAAAUCAUACAUCCAAGUUGACGUGCAGAAGAAAAGUAUUGCUUCUUUUUCCUUUUAUGUUAACUUCUGCCGCCAUUUGCCGCUUAUUCGAACUCUGGAUCUGGAGGUCCGGGCUUCAAUCCUCGCCUGUCGCGUUGUUUCCAAAGACAAGGAACUUUACUCCACAUUUUCUCUUUUCACCCAGAUGCAUAAAUGGGUACCGAGACAUACUGCUGGGGGAUAAUCCUGCGAUAGACUAGCAUCCUGUCCAGGGAGGAGUAGCAAUACUCCUUGGCAUGCUUCAUGCUAAGGAAACCGGUCUAACCUUUGGCCAUUUGGACCUUUGGCUUGCGGCGCCUUUACCUUGCCGUCAUUGCUAGGUCUAAAAGUACAAACUAUCUUUCUGUUUGUCUUCUUGUUCAUUACGAUUUCUUUAUGGUGGGUGUGUAUUCACACAAAAGGAAAGGAUGGAAGGACCUAUUAAAAUUAGUCUUUGAAACAACCACCAAAAAAACUGGUGCCAUCUCUUAAAACAUUAACAGAAGAACUUUGGUCAUCAUUUCUUUUUGUUAGUAUCAAAAGGCAAAGGCAUCAUAUUGCGCCGAAACACUGUUGUACCAAGUGAGUCCCAGACGACUCUUGUAGCCGGUUUGAGCUUGUCCUUGAAUCCGAACAGUUUGAACCGUCAACUAGACAAGAUUCAAGAAAGCGAGGGACCCGAGACAAAUCUGAAGCUGGUAGAAAUACCAAACGUAUUCUGGGAUGAAACUUCUGUGUCAGUGGUAGGUAUUGUGACAAUUUUCGUAGUAUUGACGUUUUAAGGACUCGCCAAGAGGAACGGCGGAUUCUAGAAAAUUUUAGCUGACCGUCAAAGGCAAAUGGAGGCGAAAAAUACGAGAGCAGACUGAUCUAUGAGCGCUAAUGGGAAGGGGUGAUGAUCCUUGGAAAGGAUUGCAAAAGCGUUUCAACUGCAUAUCAGCACGUCUGAAACAAAUAUUGUUGGGUCGUCCAAUAGUUUCAGCAGUAUAACAAGGAUGUUUUAUUCCCCUUUCUUGCGCAGAAAUCUUGUGAAAUUGUGAAGGAGUACGUAAAUGCAAAUGAUAUCAUAGACUGCGAAAACAUCCGUUUUCACAGGCUGAUGAGAUGAAUUCGUGUGGUCUGACAUGAUUCGCUGUUCUUGGAAAGACGAUGUCACAUAUUUAUUUUGAUUAGUUAAGAGAAAAUAGAAUAUGCUCAUAUAUUAUCGGCAUUAUUAUGUCAGUGGUUACCUAAAACUGAACCAUAAUUUUUGCAUCCUCGUUCUGGUCUAUAUAUUUUGGGUACGCAAAUAGUGCAUAUAGGGUUAAGGCGAACUCGUUUUAGGAACACUACAUGUUUCAGCUAACACCACCACCACCACCCCUACCGAUUUUUAAUGAAAUUCCUAAACAUCGUUGAUGUUAAUGUACUACCCCGCAAAAAUGGGAUUAACCCACCUCACUACACUACACUAUUGCCUGUCCAUGAGUGUUUUCCAAGUGAAUGACAUUACCAAUGUCAGAAUUAUCAAUUCUUGUCGAGUGUAAUAACUGUGAUGUAAAAAAGAAACAAACAAACAAACAUGCCACUAUCAUCAAAGCUAAGUUGCACUAAAUGUUUUACAAUUAUCAAUUUCACUUUGUGUUGUCCACUAUCUCUUGUAACAACUUUUCCAUGACUGACGAAUAAAAAAUAAAGUUCCCUUUUAAUGAAGACCUUAUCUUUUGGUCAAAAUUAGCAGAGUCUGAAACUUUUAACAGGUUCAUUUUUGGAAAUUGUAAGAAAGUUAAAGGUUGUGCUGACGUAAUAUUCAUGAAAAUUUACUUCUGAAGUUUUGAUUUUGUUUUUAGGGAUUUGUUGUGGCGUGGUCCGGCAGUAAAAAGAACCCGUGUGUUCGACUGAUAAAGCACUUUUCGAAGAUAAAAGAAGAGGACUGGAAAAAGGAAGUUGAAUUAGCAAAAGAGCUUAGGCAGGGACUGGAGCAUCCCAAUAUAAUCAAAUACUGCUGGCACUCUGCAAGUAUGAGGCAGACAGGGGCCCGGGCCUACAAAUGUUUGGUUUGAUUACUCUACCUCUUGUAAUAAAUUAUACGUUGUUGGGGUGAGCUAAAAAGCUUAAGAGCUCAGAGUUGGUGAGGUCAGUGCGCACUAGUCAUGCGUACAAUUUGUGAAAACGAAAGUCAGCCAGGCUAAAACUAAUCGAAACGCUGGCUACGCACCUGGCAGAUAACAAAUACUUUACCUUUUUCAACGGCAACGUAAGAAAAUGUAUUAUCGAAAGAAUUUAAGUUAGGGUAAGGAUCGAAUUUCGAGCUUAACGCCUAAGUUAGUAAUUUCUGAAAUAUUCGUCCUUUGGUUCCGCGUAUCACAUUAUGAAAUGCUCGGUCCUACACAUUCUUGGACCCCACAAAGUGUCGGGCCUUGGCAAUACUUAGGCUGCUCUGAUGACACUUAUUACUUGUACAUAGUUGUAAUCCGAAUGGCUUAUUGUACAUGUAGGGAAAAAUACUAUUUAUUUUUAUGUUACUUUUUGCAGCCGAAAGGUGUGAGGUGAACUACAAGAAAGCAGGAUUUCCAAGAUUCAAGAAAAGUUCAUUGUAACUGAAACUAUUCAUUUCUUUUAAACUGUCAGAUUUCUCAUAGGAGAUGAUUGUGUUCAAGAGAUUUAGCGUUUACGAGAUUUUGAGCUCCAAGUUAUCUGAUUGUGACGUGGAGUUAAGCCCUUAUUAUCAUGGCAAACGUCAGAAAGACGCCUCUUAAAAAAGGGGUUGGUCUUAAACAAAAUUUCGACUUUUUUCGUGUUCUUGAGUAAAAUACCACUGUUAUGCUGUCCUUUAAUUGUGUAUUUUACAUGCCAUUUCAAAACAAAGAGCUCAUUUUUUCCUUACAACUGCCUGGUUUGAAAUUGACUUUCAGUGAAAUACCCGGCUUAAAAAAUGUAUAUUAAUCAAUCGAUUAAUCAAUCUAUCAUUUCUUUCAAUUUUUUCCUGUUUCUGCUAUAUAUAGUUUAUUGUGUUACGACUUUUCCGCAAACACGACUUUGGAGGAGUAUUUCAAAAGUAACAUGAUUAUUUUUAAUCUGGACUCCCUUAUCGUUGUGGCCAUGGACUUGAUUUCCGCAAUACAGCACUUAGAACAGAAAGGCGUCGUCCAUAACAACAUAACAACUUCCAGUGUAUUGAUUGGUAGAGGAUUAAGGGUAAGGAAAAAGCAUUAGUGUAGCAGCAUCUGUGUCGUCUCUAGCUUUAUCGACUUAGAAACGUCAUAGAUUUUGGUACCUGCGGGCUAGGUUUUGUUAGUAACCGACUCAAGAACCCGGGAAGGCGUAAGUUUGUACUUUACUUCGCGCUUUUUUGCAGCCAGUUUUUCUGUGUGCCAACCAUCGUAAAUUUGUUAUCCAGUUAGAAAGAUGCCAUUAGAGACUCCUUCAGAGAUUUAGAGAUAAGUAAAGCAUAUGGAAUUUAAAAUGUCCAACCUGUUCGACCUCUUGUGGGGCGUUUGAGACUUCGGACCCUCGCUGGCACAAUUAGCGCAAUUGGCACAAUUUUUAUUUUUUUGUUAUUUACCGUUAAGCUUUUAGCAUUUUUAUGUUGAUUUUACAACUUUUCCAAUAGACCUAUGCAAAAACGGCUGCUGGAUUAAUAUUCUUUUGUUGAAAUUAAAAUUAGCCUGAUCAUGUAUACAAAAUUCAAAAGAAACCAUUAUCUCAAGCGAGGCUAGCGGCCAUUUUUGUAUUGGGUCCAUAUGACAGACCAGCCUAGUUCCUAGACGUUCUUGGCUCUAUCAAUCCUGGACUCUACCAUGAGCUGUAAUGUCACCAAGAGAGACUCGCUGAGAAAGUGUUUUCUGCCCGCUUUUUCCCAGACUUUGCGCGGAUAACGGGGCGAGAGAACGCCAAGGGACGAGGCUGAUGACAGACAAUAAAUUAUAACAGAAAGACAUAAGUAGGCUGUGACACAGUCAAGUCACGUCACGAAACGUCCCCAAGGUCCAGGAGAUCAAUAAAUAGUAAAAAAAAUAUUUAUAUUUUUAUAUCUCCUUACUUUGUAUCAGGUGCCUCCAAUAAAUGCUGUCUUGGGAAGUUUUGGCUUCGCUCAGCGGGUCUCUCAGGAUUUUCCUGAAUGUAGUUUAAAUGGUCACUCAGUGAAGGACAUUUUGGGAAAGAAUAUACUUCAGUUCGGUUGCGUUCUGAGUGAAUUGGUGAAGAAUUGCCGCGACUCUAAUGAAUUUGAUGAGGUAACUGUUAUAUUACGUAUGCAAACAAUAGAUCGAUUAUUGACAUAAAUAUAGCUCACGUCACACUUGAUUAUGAUAUGUAUGGCAGCUGAGAACCUUGAUUAAAGUCCACUGGACUGACUCCUGAAGAGCCUUGUGUGACUUCUUAUAAAAGCCAAUCCCCACUUGUAAUUCUAACUAUGCACUCCGACAAAUAAGUCCCCCUCUCUAUCAAGCUCCCCCCCUCAAAACAUAAGCCUCCCCCGGGGGCUUAUUCAAGGAUUAUUUUUCACUGUACAUUACUUUUAUGCAUAAUUCAGUAGCCUUUGAAGUACACGUUUUCACUAAAGGCUAACAAACUAAGAAUGUUGUUGAGAACAAUAGGCAAACGUUAACUAUUACAUUAGUUAGCCAUACUGUAAAUAUCUAUUAGGUGUUUAUAGUAACAAUUGUUUUUCUUUCAUUUUUUAAAAUUUACUUAUACUAUUCUUUUUUUUAGCUUCAAGAGGUAAUGCGUUUGUGUUUUGAACAAGAUCCUGAUGUAAGACCAGACGCAUGUCAAGUGAAAGACCUAUUGGAGGAACUGUGGAAUCGCAAUGAUAUCUGGGACACUAGCUUGUAGAUUUAUUUAAAUCAAAGAAUAAGUCAUUAUCCUUUACUCCUAGCAAAAAAGAAAGAUACAAGCAGUUUAAAAGAGAACGGAUGUGACUUUGUUGUCAGUGUGGGUCAACACAACGGAUUCACGGAUUCCCCUCGAGUCAGUAAAACUUAUAGCUUUUCAUAGGUUAGAAAAGGGUUCUUCAACUCGAUGAUGUAUUUAUUGUAGCCUUCCCUAAAGGCAAGGCCAAUUUACAACUGUUUAUUUAAAAUAAGUAUUACUGGAAAGAAGGUCAGAUAAUUCUCGGUUCAUAAAGACUUUCUAGCCUCCUGUGUACAAUAGAAAAAAUGCUCAUAUGUCCGACCUUUGUUGAGAAAAAGACGUAGAGAGGCAGGACAAUUUUUAAUUACAACAUUGAUACUUAAGACGUUAAUAAUGGUAAUUGAACUAGGUGAGGUGCAAUUUAGUCUGUUAUUACGGCCACUUUGAAAUCGCAGAAUUUAGUUAGUACCAAUAUUUAUUCGAUCUA